CCAAUCAUAUUAAUAAAAAUCCAAAUGAAGCAUCCGCAAAACUACAGGAAUACCUGGACAAAAUAGGAUUAUAGUUAAAGAAGUGGAGGAUGCAGGCAAGCCCAGCAAAAUCAGUUCAAGUCACAUUCACACUAAGAAAAGAGUGAUAACCGGUGAAUCUGAAAGGAGCUGUUUUGACAAAACAGACUACAGCCAAAUAUUUGGAUGCCAUGCACCUGGACAAACGCUUGACAUGGCAAGACCAUAUAAUAGCAAGAAGGAUCAUGCUAUUGCUAGGCUUUGUAGCAUGAAAAGCUGCAAUCAGUCUGGCUACGCGCUGUAGUGACCAUGAGUGGGUCGUGGGAGGAGUUCUUUGCGACGCACCUGCCUCCCACUGACUUUGAGGAUAACCGCUCCCUGCUCAAGGAGUUCUGUGAACGACAUGACCGACAGGGACACAGGAUUGUAUUGGUUACUUCUGGCGGCACCACAGUACCACUGGAGCAUAACACGGUACGAUUCGUGGACAACUUCAGCGCGGGAAAGCGCGGUUCUGCAUCCGCAGAAUAUUUUCUUGACCAAGGCUACGCGGUAAUCUUUAUGCAUCGUCUGAAGUCGUUAGAGCCCUUCACGAGACACUUCAACGGCCAGAAAUUACUCGACAUGCUCGAGAUGCAAGAUGAAUCCAAUAAUACUACUAUCAGAGUGAAACAGGACAGCGUGUUCGCCUUGGCCCCGGUGCUGUCGCGGUAUCAGGCAGCGCACGCGGCCGGGGCCAUCCUGCACGUGGCCUUCACCACGGUGUCCGAGUACUUCUGGCUGCUGAGGGCCGCCUGCGAGGUGCUGGCCAAGUCCGGCCCCAGGGCCCUGCUGUAUCUGGCCGCCGCCGUCUCGGACUUCUACAUACCCAAGGAUAGCAUCCCCACUCACAAGAUGCAGUCGGAGAGCGGGCCUCCGGUGAUCCAGUUGCAUCUGGUGCCGAAAAUGCUGGCGCCCCUCGUCAACCUCUGGGUGCCCAACGCCUACGUGGUCUCCUUCAAGCUGGAGACUGAGGAGAAUCUGCUCAUUCCUAAAUCGAGGGCCGCUCUGGAGAAGUAUAAGCAUAAGAUGGUGAUAGCCAACAUGCUGCAGAACCGGCACCAGCGAGUCUUGGUCGUGACGAGGGACGCCAACCAGGAGAUCCUACUCUCGAGGGAGGAGCUACUGGCGGGCGCAGACAUCGAGGCGGGGAUAGUCGGCGUGAUAGUGAGCCACCACUCGGACCAUUUGGCGCACUCCGAGGCCCGCUGAGGGCCGCUUCUCCCUCGCAAGAGGCUCUACCUCGUCGACUAGCCGAGACGACGUCAAACGGCUCGAGUUCCAGUUACAGAAGUAGUUUCUGUCAAAUCCGGCGGCACUCCUGCACUCCCGCCGACGUCUUCUAAUAUUCCUUAAACCAUCGGAUCUCACCCCGAUUUAAAAUUAUUCUGCCUUCGGAUUCCACUGAGUGAGGCCAUAUUGUAUUUAAGAUAAAUGUAGCCUGGAAAAUAAUGAAUAGACGUAAAAUUCAGAAUAAUAAUGUAAUAGAUUCAGGGUUAUCUGGUUGUUGCCAUCGCUCGCAAUACUUUAGGUAUAUUCACCAUAUAUUUCCUGACUUCAGAUCAUUGAUUGCAAAAUAUUUUUAUUCUGUAGUUGCUAGAAUCGAACUUCGCCAAAAUCAUUAAAAUAAGACAUCCCUAUUUUAGAUAUCUCCUUUAUUACGGAAUUGCAAAUUCACCCUGACCAUUAGUACUAAACUCGUACAUAUCUUAAAGUUAGAGUAUUUUAUCGAAAUCAAUCAAGAGAAUAAUAUAUGUAUGUAAUUUCACCACAGUAGUUAGUCUGUUAUAAUUCACGUCUAGCCGCGUGUGGUGUGAUAUCUGUGGUUAAUAUGAUUAUUAACUGUCGACCUCUGUUGUGAGCGAUUGACAGAAAUUAAGCAAAAGGUUUGAGCGGGACCACUUUGAGUGCCACUUAAAACAAUAUUCCCGCUUCGCCUCUGCCGUAGCGUAGAGCGAAUAGAAAGUAUUUCAGACCAGUGUAGCAAUUUCAAUAUUAUUCUCCGGAUAAAUUGACGACAAUUGUGUAUAAACAAUUGUCUGUAAACACGAUGUGUUUAAAUUAAACAUAAUCUAUUGUGCCCUAUAGUUGUAAUGUAUAGAUUUUACAUGUUUGUUACGUGUUUAUGAAUAAAAUGUUCUUAAAAAAUUAACGUUAAUGUCUGGGUGCCUGUGUGCUUUCGUAAAUGUUUCUCUCGAUAAUUCAAGUCAGAUCUCUUUCCUAUGUUUGAAAUUAACAUAUCAGUGCGCUAAACGCCUUAGAUCAAUAAGUCCUCGAUAGACUUCGUGAAGAAAAUAUUUUUUUUUUACUUAGUGCUUUUAUUAACCCCGGGUCCGAUAUUCUUGUGGUAUUAUAGCUGUAGUGCAACCCUUCCGAUAUUAAAUUGACGCGUGAAAAAAACUAUGUAAAUGUUACAAUAUAUUGAUUAGUUUUAUAAAUAUAUUUAUUGGAUUUUGAAGGGUAUUUAUAGAUGUUUGUGAUUCUUGUUAAGAAUAAUGUAUGUUCUGAUUAUUAGACAUAGUACAAAUAU